AUGAAUGAGUACCUGUUAUGUGAAGAGAAAGCAAUGUCUAUUCAUUUCAGAUACUUGUUGAGAUGUGAGGAAAGUUACUUGAAACAAAAGUCAAGAGUUAACUGGCUUAAGCUUGGAGAUGCUAACACCAAGUACUUUCACAACUCUAUUAAGCAGAGGAAUAGUAUGAACAAUGUCCCUGUUUUGAAGUUGGAGAAUGGAAAUUAUGUGCAUACUCCUAAAGACAUUCACAAAGAGAUGACAAAUUUUUAUACCAAGCUCUUCAAUGACACUGAUGAGGGUAUGAAGCAUAUUGAUUAUAGCAUUAUAAAUGCUGAUAGCAAGCUGCCUUCUGAGGAUAGUGACUCUCUUGUUAAGGAAGUUAUGGAAGCUGAAGUAAAGCAAGCUGUUUUCUCUAUUGGGUCUGAUAAGGCUGCAGGGCCUGAUGGGUACAAUAGUUUCUUCUACAAAAAUACUUGGGACAUCAUCAGUCUGGAUCUUACUAAAGCUGUGAGGGAGGCAUUUACAAAUGGUAAAAUUCUGAACUCUAUUAAUAGCACUACUCUCGCUGUUAUUCCUAAGAGUCUGAAUGAUGAGAGUCUAAAUGAUUUUAGACCAAUAGCUUGUUGCAGACUGGGCCUCCUAGGCGUCUUCUUAAAAUUGACCUUAGGAAAGCCUAUGAUUCUAUUUCUUGAGAUUUUGUGGAGGAAAUGCUUAUUGGCCUCAAUUUUCCUAAUGAGUUCAUCAUCCUAG